CAGAUGUCAGGUGAUCCACCGACUAUUGCGCGUAGGUUGGACUGUAAGAACACACAAAAUGACAUUUUGUAAAUACAAGAGCAUCAUUUUGGGAUUACGCAUGGCUGGGAAAUGCACCGUGUGCUAUCAGCUCAUGUGAUGAUGCGCUAAAUCACUGGCAAUAGAGCGUUUGUUGUGUAUUUAUGAUCAAAUAUCAGCAGUGAGCGCCUGGCCACAUCAUGGGGCUGUGUUACAGUCUGCGUCCCCGCUUGUUUGGGGACCUCAGUGGAUCCGUUUCCAGCACCAACUCGGAGUCAGAUUACCAGCCUCCGGAUCCCGGGAUGAUGAUGAUGCCUUCAUGCGUCCGGGGCUCCAGGCAGCACGACGAGGACUCUGGGGGGAACAGCGGGAAGACAUCAUCCACCUCCCCUUUACGCGCCGGGGACGCCGGCAAGAUCCCGGCCGGGGAGCUCCGCCGUGGCGACGCGGACAGAGCGCUCAUCCAGAACGGAGGAGGAGGAAAGAGGAGGCUGCAGCUGCUCCAGACUCCCAGCAGCGCCCAGAAACACAAGAACUGGGACAAACUGGUGGUGGAGGAGGAGGCCGAGAAGGAGGCCAAGAAAGUCAGUAAGAACAUUGACAGGGCCUUGAAGGAACUCAAACAGGAAUAUAAACUGACGCAUCGGCUGCUGCUCUUAGGUGCUGGGGAAUCGGGGAAAAGCACUAUUGUGAAGCAGAUGAGAAUUCUUCAUGUCAACGGGUUUAAUGCGGAGGAAAAGAAACAGAAAAUUCAAGACAUUCGCAAAAAUGUGAAGAACGCCAUCGUGACCAUAGUGUCUGCAAUGAGCACUUUAAUACCACCCGUCCCACUCGCUAAUCCAGAGGACCAGUUUAGGAUCAACUAUAUCAAAAGCAUAGCGCCGCUCUCUGACUUUGAUUACACACAGGAGUUUUUCGAUCAUGCGAAGAAGCUCUGGGAUGAUGAAGGCAUUAAGGCAUGUUAUGAGCGCUCCAACGAAUAUCAACUAAUUGACUGUGCGCAUUACUUUCUUGACCGGAUCGAUGCAGUAAGACAAAGCGACUAUACUCCAACAGACCAGGACUUGCUUCGCUGCAGAGUGUUAACAUCAGGGAUUUUUGAGACGCGAUUUCAAGUUGACAAAGUCAACUUUCAUAUGUUUGAUGUGGGAGGUCAGAGAGACGAAAGGAGAAAAUGGAUUCAGUGUUUUAAUGACGUCACAGCGAUCAUCUUUGUGGUAGCAAGCAGCAGCUAUAACAUGGUCUUAAGGGAAGACAACAACACAAACAGACUACGGGAAGCACUUGCUCUUUUUCACAGUAUCUGGAACAACAGAUGGUUACGGACAAUUUCUGUCAUAUUGUUCCUAAACAAACAAGACAUGCUGGCAGAGAAAGUAUUAGCUGGGAAAUCCAAAAUUGAAGAUUAUUUCCCUGAAUAUGCUUCUUACACCUUACCUGAUAAAGUAACUCCUGAACCCGGUGAAGACCCCAGAGUGACGAGAGUCAAGUAUUUCAUUCGUGACGAGUUUUUGAGGAUCAGUACAGAAAGCGGAGACGGCCGUCACUACUGUUACCCCCAUUUCACAUGUGCAGUGGACACGGAAAACAUCCGCCGGGUCUUCAACGACUGCCGAGACAUCAUCCAGAUAAUGCACCUGCGGCAGAUUGAACUCUUGUGAUCUCACUUCGGCUCUUUAUGAACGUGUCUCCACCUCAUAACUCACGAGGCCGAAACCGCAGACACAUACUACUGACGUUUGGCGCAACACCCUUCGGUUUUUAGGCAUUUUAUUUUAACUCAUGAUUCGGGGACUUUUUCCCCCCACGUUUUUAUUUGGAUCGCCUUUAUUUUUGCCAUUCCAUGAAGCCUCUGGCUACCUCCUUAUUUUUUUAUUCAAAUAAAAAAUAUCAUCGUGUAUAUAUGUAUACAUGCUGGCGCCUGCCAGAUUAUGAAGAUCGCAUCACCUUGUGACCUCCAGGAGUCCUAGUCUCGCACCUCGAACCUUGAUCUUCUGGCCUACAGGGCUCUCUGCUGCUCUUUCUUUUUCCGAACACUGAAGAUCGCUCGCGGACAGAAGCGGGGACGGGGUGGCGGGCCGGGGGUUGUCGAACACUGGGAAUGCGAAGUGAAGUAAUGCACUUUUCCAUCAGGUUUUGACUGACGUUUUUCUUUACAAAGAUGGACACACAAUGUAGCAUCACAUCAUGAAUUUCUGUCCCACUUAAGGCUGUGGACAGGUCAGAGAAUGGUGGGAGUGACCAUGCCCCUUUUAUGUGAAAGAGGCGGAGCCUUUGAAACGAGGAGGAGGGGCUCUGUGAAGAGGCGGAGCCUUUGAAAUGAGGAGGAGGAGGGGCUACGGGAACAUUGCUGAAGCCUCGGUUUGGUUUUGGGAACAUGAUGGCAAAACAUCUGCGAAAAGAAUCGCCCCAUUUCUUCUUUUAGUUUCUUAACUUGUACAGACUGUGCAAGGGUGAUUUUUUUUCUUUCCUGUUCAGACUAUAAAAUGUUUUAUUAUUUUGUACAACUUUAUUGAAAGAGUAAAAAAAUCUACUUGUAGAUCUUUGUGCCUUGAUUAUGGCUGUACCUGUAAAUGAAGCUGAUACAUAUGUUUUUGACUGCGCUGUCCAGCUUGAUGUCACCCCUGUCGGCAGAAGGGACUGUGGAUGGGGACCUACUCUGUAGAGUUUAGUUUAUUUUUCGGUUAUUUGUUUGUUUUUCUGCUUUGUUUAUAUAAAAAGAGAAAAAGUUAUUUAUAAAAAAAAAAUAUAGGAAAGAAAAAUCUUAACCUGUAUACAUUAUGCAAAUUGACCCCCUUACCUGCGGUUAUCAUCGGACGAAACAGCACCAUGCCUUUCUUCUGGUUUUUGUUUUCCAUUUAAGUCUCAGCUUUAAAAAAAAAAAGUUGAAGUGUCCAAAAUCACAACCUGGUGUUGUUUUCAAAGACCUUUUUGGAUAUGAAGUAUGUCUGAGAAAUAUAUCCACGUUUGUGUCUGUGAGUGCGUACGUGUUCACGUACAGGAGACAAACAUUGAGCCACAGACGCAUGACAUUUGUGUUGUGUGUGUGUGUGUGUGUGUGCACUCUUUUAUAAAUGUGCGUACAUGUAAAUUUAUAGGUCUAUAUAAAUAUAUAUGUACAAUUCUACAUGUUUAAUUAUGUGUGUUGGCAUAUACAUACUUUAGUAUGUAUACAGUGAAGAUGUGUACUUACACACAUAGGUAAGCAUGUCUAGAGUGAAAUGAAUAAAUGAGAGUGCAAUAUUGAAAGCAAGUGUGCGUGUCCGACGAUUUUCACCAUACAGACUGAAAGUUGUUUUUUUUAAACUAUCAUUUCUUUAAUAUCAAUGUUAUGUGAUAUCAGUUUAUAAUUAGACAGAAGUCUGAUUUAUAAUACACGCAUCCAAAUAUACUCUUAUUUUGUAAAGCAGAACUUCAAGACGUUUUUAUAUUUAUUAAAAAAACAUUAUUUUAUCUGCUGAACACCCUUGGAAGUCCUAAUUUAUUUUGCUUUUACCAAAACUUUUCAAACCAUGUGAUCCACCAAAACAAUACAAAUUAUGUUACACAUGCAAAUUUUGGUUGACACAAAAUUUGUAUUUGUAUUUAAAGUUCAAACACAUUUUAUAUAUAUAUAUAUAUUAGUACUCCAGUAAAUCGCAAAACUUUUUAAAUCUGUAAAUACUAUGUGCUUAAAGUCAUGUUGCACAAGAAAUACUUUUUAAAAUAAAUCUUCUCGAGUCAUUAAAAGUCAUUAAAUAGAUUUUGUGUUAUGGUUCUUAAGUCAAGUGCUUAAGUUGCUUUGUCAGUCUACAAAACCCCAUACAUUCACAUUGCAUCACUAAAAUGCUGACCACACUGAAUAGUCUUCAGUGCAGGAUGACAUAUUCAAGAUUUCUGAUACAUUAACAUAGACCUCUGAUUCAACAAGCCACAGUGCAUUACACCAAAGAACAGCAUAUGCAAUCAACUUGACAGAAAAAGUUGGUUUGGCUUUUUAGAUGUUGAAAAACACUCAAAUAUAUAUAUGCAUUGCUGAGGUACAUUAAUUCCAUACAGCAUAUAAAUUACAUUCAGAUAAAAUCUUAUUUUUUGAGUCCAAAUUUGGAUUUCUUUUUUCUUGAAGUAUUUCUUAGUACAGGGAUUCUCAGUAGGUCCAAUUUCCUUCAGAGUUUAGGUCCAACCCUAAUCAAACACACCUGAACAAGCUAAUCAAGGUCUUCA